AGGCUCAGUCUCAGUCGGGUAAUUCAUUAACUUUUAUUUCAUCCCAGAUCCCAGCGGCUGUAAAACUGUAAAAAUGGACGUAUAGUAAAAAAGGAAAACGGUCGAAGGACGGGCUUCUGAGUUCGACUUCAUCCAACUUCAUUUUUUUCACGGUGACAUACGAGACUCACGGAAAUAUGACACUUUUCGCGGGAAACAAGCCGUUCUAUUUAUAAAUCUACUCGGGAAAGGGUUGACUCAAGAAAUUAAUGGAGAUGGAGGCUCCAUUUGAUGGGCUCCUGACUGUAUAGUCAAUUCACCAUUUUCACAUAGACCGUAAUACACCUUGUCAACCCCCCAACUUUUGCAUAACCAUCGUCUUCUAUUUAAUACCCAGGUGAAAUUGGAAGCAAUGGUUAUCCAUUUUUGGGGGGCGUGGGGGGCUAAACAAGGUUCAUUAUGGUCUAUGAGAAAAUUGUUAAUAGAUGACGCUAUUGGGUCUCCUGAAAGUAGUUUUUUGUGCAUUUUGACACAACUCUGCCCAGUCUCAGAAAUAACGUCAAAAUGGCAAUAGCGACCCGCAAUAACCUUGACCCCUCCCUCCCUCCCUUGGACAAGAAAAAUCUCAAAAGCAGCAGGUUGGCUAGGUUGUGGAGCUGCUCGGACGGUCUCUCCUGAUUGUUUUAACUGUUUCAGUAGUGUUUAGGGCUAGGGUUAGGCAUCAUUGGUGACUUCUCUUCCGAGCAGCUGCUACAUAGCCCGGUUGUCCUCGGUCGUGUUUUUUGCCAUUUUCUGCUUAAUCACAACUAACACAGAUUAGCUAUUAAACCGCAAACUAACUGUACACAAACAGUGCUAAAGGUCAAAGAAUUCGCCCGAGCAGGCCGCGCUUUGAUUGGUUAGGAAAAUAAUAGGUGAUAUAGUUAGCCAGUGCGGUAAUCCAAAGCCAAAGGAAUCGCAAUGCAACAACGCAACUAUGAAUUUGACACAAUGCACAAUUUUGAUGCAAAUUUUGACACAAGUAAGAGGCCUAUUUUUACUUUCAAAGCAGGGAAGUACAAAGUUCCAAUAUGUAUUCUUUCUUUUUUGUUUUUCAGUUGUUGGAUGGCAUGGAAACGGCUCAGAAGUGGUAAGUGACUUCCAUCAAAGGAAUAUUUCUAGUUACGUUGGCUCCAGAGAUCUGUUCUCAGGAAAUACCAAGGAUAAAGUCAGCCCUGCUUACGGGUUGUGCAAACUAUUAGGAAUUAGAUAGGAAAAGGAAAAAAACCCUGGCACCCAGGGUAAUUUCUAGUGCUUCUAGGGUCCAAUUUAACCUCAUGUAAGAAAGAAAUUGCACGCCUUACCGAUUACAGCAGGGUUCGUACAGGUCUUUGAAAACCUGUUAAGUCGUGGAAUUAAAGAAUUUCAUUUUCCAUGCCCGGAAAGUCAUGGAAAUUUUAUUUCAGUUUUGUUUGCUACGUUAGUUACUGCAGAUGACAAAGCAAGGUCAAUGUAAGAUGAAGUGGAGUAAUUAAACAGCGCGAAAGACACACAUUUUGGUGGACACCAGAGUUUGUGUCUGUUGAACUAUUUAAGGCAAAAAAUACCCUAAAACAAGGAAUGUUUUGAACAUUUUUGAACGUGACAGCAAAACACAAGGUCAUGGAAAACGUGAAAAGGUGGUGGAAAAAGUCAUGGAAUUUGAGGAGCUCAAAAGAAUACGGACCCUCAGGGUUGUCAUUAAGAGCCGGGGGCCGGGGAUUUUCCCCAGCUACUAAGAGAGUGGCCCCCCGCUACUUUUAUUGGAAAAUAGAAGAAAAAUAGAACCAUAAGAAAUCUCUAGCCGUUUGAUUCCCCAUCUACUUGUUGUAUUUACCCGGCAACUUGAAAUCUUAGCGACAACCCUGGACCCUGUUACAUAGUUGUCGGAUAUACUUGUUUGGUGUAAGCCUUUUGAAAGACAAUAUACCAACAUGUGUUCCAAAGCCAGUGACGUGUUUUAUCACAUGGGAAACAAUCGCUAACAAUGGGAGAAUAAAAUAAACUGAGUUGUCAAUAGUGGUUUCCCACCGUAAACAGAUUUAACAGCUGCUUGGCGUUUCGGGCAUUAGAUCUGAUGCAGGACGUACCGUAUUUAUUCGAUUAACCGCCCUUGGCGCUUAUUAAAUUUUUGGACCUUGAGACUGGGCGCUUAUUCGAGGUGGGCGCUUAUACGAGUGCUAGGCGCUUAACAGAUUUUCACCAUUUUCAGCACGUGAAGUAUGUUUAUUUUGCAACAAAACAAUAAAUGCUAAUAACAAAACUCGAAGAAGUAACAAAGCAAUGUUUCUGUAAAAUACUCUGAAGAAAACUCCGUCCUCGGGAAAGUCUCUUAUUAGAAUUUAUUCACUCAAGUGGGUGGGGUGGGGGUGAGCGCUUAUUUGAGUUUGAUUGGGAGGAGGAAGGGUGGGCGCUUAUUCGAGGCUGGGCGCUUAUUAACUUUUUCUGCCUUUAAGAUGGGCGCUUAUUCGAGGUGGGCGCUAAUUCGAGGUUGGGCGCUUAUUCGAAUAAAUACGGUAUUACAGUUUGCAGGCGAUCAGAAGAGUCCGCGGUCCUAAUUUCCAAGUUUCUAUUACGCAUGUAGGGCAUUUAUGUAGCCAGCAUUCGUUAGUAUUUCCCCUGUAAAUGAAUGGAAUUUAUAGAACGCAAUUUGAUCGUGCGCGUUUUGACCUUCUACAGCACAUGAACCUUACGCAAAGCAGGGUUUUGGGGCAAGAUCUUUUUAACCUUCGAUCGAUCUCGCCCGCUCUAUCUAACCUUUGGUUAUUACUAGCUUAUCUAAGGCCACAUGACUCAGUACUACUCUAAGUAAUGCACAUGCGACUCUUCUUGCAGGUUUCGAAUGGCACACGCAUGGGACAAGAAAUACACCAUUCCACACAUCUAUUGGGACACAUUACCGAGGGCAAGUGCGAGUCAGGUUCACCCUCAUUUUCACGUCACCCUUGCAAGAGAUCACUAUUACGGUAGGUGGUGGUGUUGUUACCCUUUGGUAGUACAUCCGGUAACCGGUCAUUUCGCCCCGGUUACUUAGCCACCUAUUUUCGAAUCAUUCAGCGCGCUUCAAAUGUAAUAUUCCUCGUUCUAUAAGCCAUAAAGCAAAACAAGCGCGCUUCAAACUGUAAUAUUGCUCGUUCUAUACGCCAUAAACCAAAACAAGCACGCUUCAGAUAUAAUAUUCCUCGUUCUAGAAUAGGGGGCUAAGCAACCGGGGCGAAAUGACCUGGGGACGGAAUGACCCGGGGGCGAAGUGACCGGCAACCAUAGAUCCAUCCGGCAACCAUACAUCCAUACUGCGCUUCUUGCCGUGGUGUUGCUCUUCGCCUCACACUAGAGACCUGUAGAUUCAAGGACGAGGACUACUUCAAGGACGAGAUUAGACUUAAAGACUACUCGCUUAUCUUCAAAAAAAAAUAAAAAAAAUACUCCCCGAAACACUACAUUGUACUUUUUUGCGCCAGAAAAGUUAUCACGGUUAUUUUUAUUGAUGGAGGGUUACCUCCCUCCCGAUCGGAAAAUGAUAAAACUUCUACAUUUUACAACUUAUUUCCGCCACUACGGCAUUCUCGCUAAAGUCGUGAAAAACGCGUUAUAAAUUGACGAGGAAUAUCGCGUUUUUCCCGCCAAAAUGACGCCGGUGCACGCGCGCGCAUUACUUAGUAUUGAGAAAAUUUCGUCCUCGUUGUCGUCGUCGUCUUAACCCUUUAAACCCUAAGAUCAAAAUUUGAAAUUGUCAUUCGUUGCCCCUAUUCAUUUCCUACAGAAGUAGCGGGGAGAAGUUGAUAAAAUAUCAAGAAAUAUCAAUUCUUGAGCCUGCAUGGCGGCGUUCGAAAGGAAAAGAAUGUAGACGAUUUCUUUCGCUCUAGAUCGCGAAGUACGCGCGAGUGAGAGAGGAGGGAAGGAAACCAAAUUGUUUAUGAUGUUUUCAUCGCUUUGGGAUCUCACCAGUUUGCUAUUUGAGAACGGCUGAUCUUUGAGGUAGUGCGAUAAGGGUUUCUGUAAAUGUAAACGAAGUAGUACGUCUCAUUUACAGUAAUUAGUUCUUACUAAAGACGAUUUUUAGGGACAGUUCCUGAGCUUAAAAAAUGAAUCAAGCAGUUGCUUCGUUGCAGGUGUUGACCUCCCCUUCUCCCUCGCGUUUUUAUCGCCGUUCUCGUGUGUUCAUCUCCUUUAUCGCGAUUCUUGCGCGCCUUACGAGGGGAAAUACAUUGUCUGGAUAUCGGAUAAUUGUUACUCAGGCUCGAUAUAUUACUUAGCUGUUCAGCGCGGCUUCAAAUACUCCCGAGACCGCAAGUUUGGAUGUGCUGUGCAGUAUUCCAUCAUUGUUUGGGGGCAACAUGUCGGGUCUCUUAUGAUUUACUUGUCGUUGCUUUUCAUAGCCAAAUGGAAUCAUCUUUAUGUUGCUGCUAAGAAAUACGCAGAAGAUCAUAAUGGAGAAAACUACUUUUCAACCUUAACAAAAGUAAGUGAAUUGAAAACAAUACGAGUGAUCUUGCAUAGCACAAUUUGUAGCAUCGUGUAAGAUCUUCCUUCAAAGUCUGUCUUUGGGUAGUCGCGUUCUUUAGCUCAUAUACUGAAUCAAAGUUGAAAACGUCUUUUGCAAAAUAAAGAAGUACCCAAAGAGAGUACUGCCCGGCAGUUUUUAUGUGAAUGGUCAAAAUUUAGGUUUUAUCCACACUUUGCAAAGUGAGAACUGCCUUCUACACCAUGACAAACAACACCCCAGAAUAGUACCUCUCAGUACUAUGUUUCUUGUAAAUGGCCACACUAAAGCAUUUCAUUUCAGAUUCAAAGAAUAGAACCACCUUGCAGAGGACAAUAAACAGUAAGAGUACUACAUUAACAAUAGCCUCUGUUUUUCAUUCACUUAAGAGUUGACCCACAGAUUCAAAACUUACAACCGUGUUUUUUCACUUAACUGAAUAUUACCCUAGUUUGUUACUACUGGAGCUUUUGUUCACAGGCCCUAAACAAAAGUUUACCUCGAAAAGAUAAUUUAUCUUUUCAUCUUUGAGUGACCUUGAAUUCUUUUUUUAUUGAAACAAUCUGUAAUUUGGAUUUUCUGUUCUUCUUUGCGUAGAUCUACAGUGCUUUGGGUCUGGCAGUACGCUAUGGCAACGCCACCGUUUUGGCGUAUUUGGUAAGACAUUUUAUUACAUAUCAAAAGUAAAGCGCGCGCUCUGAUUGGUCAAGUACCCCUUUACUAACGUCAAAAAAGCAGUAGGUUAAAUGAGCAAAACAAGAAGUCUGCACGUCCAUCACGCUUUUUUGUACAUUUCGUUGCCGUCCCUGCACAACUACGACGUGAAAUGACCAAAUUUUAUGUUUACUUGAGAACGAGAACGGCAAGCCGAUAAAUUUUACCAUUUCUGUCUGAACUUGGGCGCGGUGUCCUUUCUUCAGUUCCAACCUAAAUUCCCUUCUUUUUGAGUAACUGGGCGACUUGGGAUAAUCGCGAUGAAAAAAAGUGAAAGGAUGCGAAGUCUAUUUUUCAGGGUCGUUUCCAUGGACGUCGCCGUUGUCGGAUCGUAAGGUCCCUAAAGGUGUGUGUUUUACGGUACAGCGUUGCAAUGUUGGAACAGUGUUGUAACUGUUCAAAACAAUGUCGCAACAAUGUUGCAAAUCGUCCCGUGUAACAUCACCUUAAUAGCUGACCGGCGCGUCCCGAGUAACGUUUCCAGAAACAAUUGUGGGGCGCAUUUCGGCUUCCGUUCCCUUCUCAUGUCUAAAGUGGCGAAUGUGAAGUUUUUCGGCUGAAAACUGGGAGGGUAAUGGAAGUACUCUGGAGGUAAUAUUAUUAAACACUGAUUCAUCAUCAUGAUUUUAAUAAAAAUGUUUUUUUAUUCCUUGCUCUCAGACACCUACCGCAUCGCACGAGAUUAUGCUGAUCAGUAAAAGGCCAUGUAAAGAUCUUUUUCACCUCCUUUACGACUGUUUAACAGGUAGGUGUAACCGGGGAUUGGUCACACGUGUCGUUUAACUGCUCUCGCUUGUCCCAGUAGUUUAAAAAACCAUUGCAACAUUCCAGACCACAAUUCAUCAUUUGCGUACCUCCCAUUUCCUAUUUUUUAUUUUUAUUUUUUAAUUAAUUGUUUUAUUUAAAUCACACUGUUAAAGUUACAAAGAGGUACAUAAUUACAUACUUAGGAAUUGAAAAACAUUGAAUAAAAAAGACCACAAACAAACAAAAAAAGAAAAGACGAAUGUAACUUACAAUUGACAUUGCCUCACUAUAUAACUACGUAGAGUUGAUCAAUCACAAUUUUUCGAACGGUUAUUUAAAUUCUAUUUGUUUGGCAAAGUCUGGGAGAGUCAGUGCUUUAUUAUGAAGUUUACAGGAAUAAAUGUAAAAUCUCAUAAAUAACAGAGUGUAGUUUAAUUUUGUUGUAAGUCGGCUAUUGUUGAGUAGAUGUCCUGUUUUAUUAUUUCUCCAUUCAAUGAGUUUCUUAUGUUUUCAGCAUUUAGAGACGACAUGGAGUUGUACGCUCUCAGCGCAGGAAUGGUGUUUCCAAAGUUUGUAAGUAAUGAGUAAUUCUCCUGCUUGCUUUUACUCUUAAUAUUUUGAAAACCUAGAAUGGUGUAAUAAGCCAUUUCCGAGUUCUCCCGAGCCUCUGUUUCAAAACGAGGGUAGGUGCUCAGCCUUUGAUAUGGAGAUCAUUUUUCAUUCUCAUGCAAAUAAAACUCAUUUUCACAAGAAAGGUUGUGCACCUAACCUCAUUUUGAAGGUGAAGGUUUUUGGAACACGGAAGUGGCCUAUUUAAAAUGUCACAAUACAACUGAAUGCUGGAGAUAGACUCCUACCUUGCCCUUAAGCGUAGUCCAUAAACUAGCAAUACAUAUAUUGCAGAACCUUGUGAAGUUCGGGAGAGGGCGGCCCCCAAAAAAGUCAGGCAUUGGAGGUAGGAAAGGAAAAAGAGUACAUUGUGUUAAAGGCGGGGUUGGGGCAGGUUUCAUUAUGGGCUCUAAAAUAGACAUUUUAGCUUGUAACUGUUAUUUUCCCAGUUGAGAUCAUGUGAUGUUGUCCAGGAGAUUUGAUGGACCAAUUUAGGUUUCUGGGAAACUGCCCACCUACCCCUCCCCUAACCCAACAUUUUGCCCUAAGUGAGAAGUAAGUGUUAAUGUUGGGUUAGGGGAGGGGAAGGUGGGCAGUUUCCCAGGAACCUUAAUUGUUCCGAUUUGAUUUAUGCUGUAGACUCCUACCUUGCCCUUAAGUGUAGGCCAUAAUUGACAUCGAAUAUUUUGCUUUACCUCCGUGUGAAUCGUCUUAGUUUUGUCAUCUGCUCUGUUGCGUUGUCCCUUUGUCCCGCCUGUUUCGUUGAAUUAGUUUUUGUGUGUUCACAAGUUUUCACCGACGAUGCGGUCAACAAUGCCCGUCAUUGCUUCAGUUAUUCUUUAAGGAGUGUUUUGGACGAAAAGCAUUUAGCUGGGGCCUGGAUUUUCGUACUUGCUUAUUGAUGGAAUUUGAUAAUUUGCCUGAAAAUGGCAAACCUUAAUCUUGAACUGCAAUAUAUCUUUUCACGGUUUCUUAUGUAUAUUUUUUCAGAACCCGUCACCUGAUGGAAGUGAUUUACCCACAAUAAUAAGACUAGUUUAUCGCGGAGCAGCCGAGGGGUAAGAACUGCUUACCUGUUUUUGAAGGCACUUUGUUCUGUUUUGUAUCGGGAUUUCGUGAUUUUACUUGACAUAGUGAUAGUAGAGAGCUUUAGAUUCUCACACGAGGGCUACAACGAGAACGAGAUUUUCUCAAUAGUAAGUAUCAUUUACUAAGUGUCAUUUUGGCGCGAAAAUAUAAUAGUACUGCAAUUUGAUUGGCUUAGAGCAGUGGUAUUUCAGCUUAAUUUGAAAUACCUACAUGUGAAAAUUACAAACCUUUUGCGGGUAGUAGUAUAAACAAAUAAUAGCAUGAUUUGUACGUGAUAUUUGGCAUAAAUUCCACUCGCGAUAUUUCAAAAUUGUCUCAAAUUUCAUUCGCCUAACGGCUCGUGAAAUUACGUAUAACAAUUUUGAAAUAUCACUCGUGGUAUUUAUGCCAAAUAUCACUAUAAAUCAUGCUAUUACCUAUACUAAUUCUACUACGAGAUUUAGCUAGAUGUCGUAGUGGCGAAAACAAGUUGUCAAAUGUUAGGAAUUUUAUCAUUUAGCGAUAGGGAGUGGGUGUAACCUCCUUCAACGGAAAUAAGCGUGCUAACUUUUGUGGUUACAAAAAGUACAGUGAAGCUUUCCUGGGUGUCUAGUUUUAGAGAGUAGGGGAAAAAACUUAAAAUUAACUGUCUUACUCGUCCUCGAAUCUAAAGCUCUCUAGUAUUUAGCUGUUUGGACCAAUCGUUUCUUUGCUAAACGAGUGUACAAAACACCCUCUUGAAGACUGUCUACUUGCAAGGUAAACUGAAGCAAGCUUCCCCUCCCCCAGCCCCUCUAAACAAUGAUGUACCCCCCCCGUCCAGACAAAAUACCCAAUUUUGAAUAGGGGAGUAGUGGGAAGGGUGCAGUGUGUCUCAACAAAUCUGUCGCCGAUUACAGUAUCUCCGAAUUAUAAAGUCAUCGUGCUGACAACACUGUCGCGUUGUCUUGCCAGUAGCAAAAUAUUUAUUUUUCACUUAUUAACCGAUGUCAACCCGUUAUUUUGAAGGACGAGAGCCGAUAUUGAUUCUCUUCAGCUGUUCGGGGUGAGUUGAUGCAUUUUAUCAUCCUUUCACUCUACUCAGGCAAACAUCUUGAAUGACCACUAAUUUGCGUUGAUUUAUUUAAUUUUCAGACCACCAAUGUUAAUGUUGAUCCAUACGUUAUCAUUAGUCACAUCAAGAAGUCUGUUGAAAGACGGAGAGCACGUCCUUUAAGGCAAAGCAGUGACGCCUAACUCCCAAUAAUCACUGCCACCUCUACGUCGCAGAAGGUACAGAAGGUCAAGGCAAGACCAAGAUAAAGAAGAUCACGUGAACGACGCAAUGAAUCUUGGUCCUAUCCAGAAUACACAACAGCCUUCGCAAAGUU